AUGCCACUCCUCUGCGUGAAGAAUGUCAGUGUCAGAUUGAAACGAGUACAGGGUACACUUCUUAUUUUCAUAGCACAAAUUAUAAAGCUUUUAAAAUGGCAUAUCAUACAGGUAGUCCGUAUAGAGGCCAACCUCAACAACAACAAUUCAACAGCGCAGCGCCGGCGCCGGAUCAAGGUUUUCUUUGGAAUAUAUUUCAGAGGUGAGUGGAAAGACGUCUUUCGUGGCUAUCGAAAUAACGGUACUCCGCAUCGAUUUGAGCUUCAUUUUGAAAACUGCUGCCACAGCGCAUAAUAGGCAGGGAUAAUAAUAGUAUAGCAGUUUAUGUUUAUGUAUGCAUAAAAAGUUAUUUUUUUCAUAGUAUUAUAACCGUGGUUCGAUGAUUACAUUUAUUUGACAGACUGAUUUUAAUUUCUUAAAGAAAAACAUAAAACAUAUCAGGAUUUAUUUUGCCUGUCAGUUUUGGCAACAACAACAAAAAUGUUUUCCUAUUUUACUCUUGCAUAUGACAUUUUCCUACCACACACAUACAAGGCCUUGUUGUUCAAUUGUAUUAUAUACAGUUAAACCAGUACAGGGAGUAGAUUUGAUCAAUGUCAGUCAUCUAGCUAAUUAAAAUAAUCUAAUAAUUUACUGUCUAUCUGUUUCUGUUGUGUUGGUCUGUUAUUCUAUGAAAUUAGCUUUGAAUACACUUUAUUUUAUAGGGACUGACAAGAGAGCAGACAUGACAACUUACAUAAACUUACAACUGACAAUAGCUGGCAAAACGUUGUAGAAGAAGAGGGAAAUUCCUCUUUCCCCUGGCGGUGAUAUUGACAAAGAUGGUGGAUAAAUGAAGAUGUCCCACUCAUUACAGUUUCUGAAAAAAUGGUCACUGUUCUGUUCCGGUCUGUUUAAUGGGUGGCUCUCCCAUAGUCACCAAUGCGAUAACAGCUGGGUCUGGUCUGCUUAGUUCAUUGACUGUAUAUGAACCAGAAGAAAGGAGUGAGUGAGAUGUCUCGCUUAAUUUUAGUCCCUGGUAUUGAGUUAUGUAAUACUGCAGAGGAUCCAUGGUACUCUGCUUUCUCCCAACAUUAAAAUUCUGCAGGCACAAGCAACACCUUGUUGAAUAAUUUAUAAUGAGGCAAAACCUAGAAAACUUGGUCUUAUCUGUCUAUCUGUAUUCCACCCACCCACACACUACACACUUCAGAUGUGUCCCUAGCCUGAGCUGAAGCAACACACUGGGGCUGGGACUCCCUGGGUCAUAUGACUUGAGUGGUCAAAGUGUAAAUCCAUUAGUCAUCAGCAACCUGGUGCUUUUCUUAGCAUUUUGUUAGGCUUGAGUCAUAGAAUUCUCCUUUUCCACUCCACCUAUAUGAUCGUUAGAUUCCAUGACAUGAUCCCAUGACAAACAAGUAGACACUAGACCUAAACGACUCACUAGUCCAUGGUCAUGUGGCAUUACACUGGCAUGUCAAAUGUAGGCCACAAAGGCUGCGUUUACACAGCAACCCAAUUCUGAUCUUUUGACCAAUCACAUCAGACCUUUUCACAUCAGAUAUUUUUCAGAGCUUAUCUGAUUGGUCAAAAGACCCAUUAGUGAAAAAAGGAUCAGAAUUGGUCUCUUUGUGUAAAUGCAGCCAAAGACAUAGCCUAGAGUAGAAUAGCAAAGGAUCCGUCUAGGAUCUAGGCCUAGAUCAACAUCUGAUACGUGACAAUACAAACAAUUGCUUACACUGUCUACCGUCAGUGAGUAAACAAAUGUUUAGGAUAAUUUCGUCUGAAAACCGGCCUCGUGUUCAGAAGACCUACCUCUACUUCCCCCCACCAUGAGAGACAGCAUGAGAUAAGCUGCUAAAUCAUUUGAGUAGAAAACUAAGUUCUGCCAGGCAUGUCAUAACUUGAAUAGCUCCAUAGGAAAAACUGAUACAGGCCGGGGAAAUGUUACGAUUCUAAUGGCUGCUGUGCUGCUUGUAGUAUUAAUGUGUACAGCUAAUUUAUAGGAUUUGUUCUGAGCACCAUUCAGCAAAUGGGACGAUGGUUCUGCUUCAGGCCAGGGAAACGACUUUUAAUGAUACCCUUUCAAUUCACCUCAUUUUAUGUAAAACCCAGUGAGGUAAGUCAAACCAGAGGAGGGGAAACAAGUAAGUGAGAUUGAGCAGUUGGACACACGCACACACAGCACAGACCCUACUCUAAAAGUGUUUGGUUAAGGUUAGGUAGGUACCCUAUCUGAUCAAGCACUCUUUACAACACUUUUUUCAUUCUGGAGGAAGUCACAAAGCGUGCCUUCAUGGAAAGUCAGGUUUUGUAUUUCUAUGUGGUUUCUCCCGUCUAGCUUUGCAAAGCCUGCAGUUGGUAGGUUGGUCUGGGUUGCUAAGGAACAUGUGAGUCAUUGGAGGAUUGUGCUACAUUUCACAGAGGAGGUUAUUCCAGAACUGGAAGGCAAGGCCUCUAAUUUGUGUUAAUGUUCAACUCACAAAAUGUCUCCCACGUCUAAACAGAACAACUGUACCAUUCUAAUACUAUUAAAUUGGAACACGAUAAAAAAAUUAGGCUAAUUAGUUUGAUGUUACACUUCUAUAACAGAUGGCCUAGCGCAUAGCUUUAUGCUGAAAGGCGAUGGGUUCUGAGAUUGUACAAUGGAAUGCAAUAAGAUAUUUGUGUGUAUUGUAAAUUCAAAGCAAAAGCGUUAAUUGCAUCUCUGAUAUAUUUUCCUUUGAUGGAGAAAGUAUCUGAAGCCUCCUUUUUUGGCAUUGCGCUCAAAAUAUACAGUAUUAGCUAGCCUGAUCCCAGAUCUGUUUGUGCUCUACAGUACCCAACUCCAAUGCUUGCUGUCAUGCCAAACAUCGUUGGCAAGACUGCACAAACAGAUCUGGGACCAUAAUAGCGCUCUUGCCAACAAUUAGGCUAUUUAAUCACAGACAGCAAUAAGAGUUGGUGAAAGAGUAGCACUAGCCGACAGUGUCGUCGACCUGUCUUUAUGCGGUUGGUUAGUUUUGGUUUCACUUUUCACUGAUGUGAUGUUGGGGGUGGUGGUGAGUGUAAAAUGACACACCACCAUCCCCACAAGUCAUCGUCCUGUCCCCAGCCCAGCCCGCACACUCCCAUUGCAUGGAGUGUUGAGAUCCUGACAAGGGGCUUACAGCGUAACGUGGGUAGGGUUUCAGCUGGGCUGUAUUGUGUGUUGAUACAGUCUGUCUGUCUGUAUCUAAUUGUGUGUUUCCUCCCCAGAGUGGACAAGGACAAGAGCUGCGUGAUAUCAGACACAGAGCUCCAGCAGGCCUUAUCGAACGGUACGUCUCUUCCUUCUCCUCUAGACCUCAACACCUCCUCCUCUCAUUUCAACACCUGGCGAGGGCCAGAGAGAAGCUUGCUGAGGAGAGUUGGUGGUCUGAACUUGAAAUGGACACAAAUGUUUUGUUUUUACCUCAAAAUGGCCGAAAAACAGGUGGAAACGUCGUCUGGUGACACAGGAAAAGUACUUCCUGGAAAUGGCUGACGACGGCUGCCACCUGAUAAUCAACCCAACACCCUCUUGUUGUUGAGGUAUGACCGAGAGGAGUGGCUUAGCCAACGCCACGAGCACAACAUGACAUUAGUCUUUCCACUGGGCUGGAUGACGAGAUAAGCUCAUGAUUGAGUCAAUGCUAUCAGUAAACAUCGUGUUUUGUACCUUAGGGCACUAGAGUACAGCACAGCAGACAUUGAGAUCAUCUUUACAACAAACAUGUAUUCUGUGCCUCAACAUUUUGAAUUGGUCAAGGACUCUCUCUCUGCGGUUUUUGAAAGGGUUUGAAUGGACAUUCUUCUCUCAAACUGUUUUUCUACACUGUGAAAAGUGUUGAGGCCCAAGAGCGAUGAAAGGAGCUGUUAUCUGGCAGUAGCCCUGGUUCAGAAUAUUGAUGACCCAGGCUGUGUGGAAGGAAGGAAGGCAGGCGCAGUGUUCACACAGUCAGUCCAGUCGUGCUCAUUAGUAGGGCUGUGUCAUGAUUUGGCUGUGAGACUGUGUGUGACUGUGUCCAGGCUGCUGACUGAAUGCAAGCUGUGCCCCCGUUCUCGGCCAUGCACUUCACCGACCAUGCCCACGGUGCUGUCACUGACACUACCACUCUGACACUCACCCAGGCCUCUCUGUUCCCUCCUUCCUUCCUUUUUUCUUCUUCUUGUAAACUGCUCUUUUCACCUCUCCAUUCUCCUCUUCUCUUACCGAUCCUGUCCUCCCCUCUUACCACUUCUCACCUCACCCCUUCCCUUGUUAUCCCUCUCCUUCCCUCUCAUCCCCUCAGGGAGACUGUGUAGUGUUAGCACUAUAGGCCGCUAUUCGUCCUCUCGGGGCUGACGUCCUCCCUGUGACAGGGCCUCUCCCUGAUGAGAAACAGCUGGCCCCCUGUUGUACAUCGCCAGUCUAUCAAUAAAGGGAAUUUUUUCUAGGUGUUGGUGCCUUUUAGCUAGCUCUCCAUAUCAACGGUCCUCUUAGCUCCUGCUCUGCACCAAGCACCUGUCAAAAUGUGCCUCUCCUCCCCGACUGAGAUGAAUGUGCUUAGAUUAUUUAUUUAUUUUCGGAGCCACCAGCCAAGUAGUUGCUGAAAUCGGCAGCAUUGCAUUCACUGUGCUGAGUAGUUUGAAUGGCAAGUCUACGUGCCAAGGGAAUCUAGGCCCAUCUACUAAUGGGUAAAAACUCCCGCAUUGACUCCUCCUGAAUCGCCUCAUGAACAUUUUUCAAAAGGCAGAAUAAUAACACAAAACAAUCAUGUGUGGCUUUGACAGGAACGGGGCAGAUUGUCUGGCAUCUGUGGAGAAGAGGUUCCCUGCUCGGCACCCUGCCUGUACUGCAUGUAAGACCGGGGUGAGGGUAGGGGAGCUGGGGGUGACUUUCUAUCUCAAGGUUGAGCUCAUCCUUGCACAUGCUGUUUUAGCCCGCCUGGAGCAGUUAGUCGUAAAUGAAUGAGUGUGUGUUACUAUGUGUGAAUUCAAACCUGUGUGAGGCCCUUCGAGGUGUGUGUGUUAUUAUAGAGCGAUCUCACUAAGCCUCUCUUGUGGGGCGCUGUUUUGCGGUCACCCUGUUUUUUCUUCCAUGUCCCCCUCCCUGUUCCCCCAACCUCAUCAUGAGUCGGCACUGGGCAGCGCAGUGAGAAGGUCCAGUGUGUGUGCUGCACAGAGGGAACUUUGUCUCACAGGGCGGGCGGGGGCAGCCUCGACACGCACGCAAGCACACGCGCACACACACACUCCUGUGGUGCCGGUCUGGGGGCUUGACCAACAGACAGGGCGCCUCUCUCGGACAUGGCCGGUCACUGUUGUUGACCUCACAGCUGCUGGAGAAUGGGGAGUCUGGCUGGAGACCUGACCAUUCCUCUCUGGUCUGGGUGUAGUCCAGACGCUUCAUGUCUGUUCCCAGGCCCAGACCAAAUCCCAGCCAGUCCCACCCAGCUGUAAAAUUAGCCCAGGUCUGAAUAAGGAGGCAGAGCGGCCUGAGUGGGAGACAUCUCUCCGAGGCUUGGCUUGGCUUGUCGUUGCAGAGGAAAGGCUUAAUGUGAAAAGUGGUUCACUUUACUGCACUGCAAAGCCUCCUUUAUCUCUCGCUCUCUCGCUGUCUCUCCCCCCUCAGAGCAGUGAGAGUGAAAAGGUUGAGAUGGUGAGUCAGCAAGGUUUAGGAAACCCUGAUAAAUCUCCAGCAGUUCUCCUCUGUUACCCAAAAUACUGGCUUGGUAGUAAGCAUACCCAAGAUAAGAACAGAAUGGUUGCUUAAGUCACCAAAGUCCUCCUAACUCUUUACUUGGCCUAUUUCCCUCUUCUUGUUGUUGUUUUUGUUAUAAAUGGCCUAAUUCAAGUCCAAAGGUAUUAAUUAACUUGGCACAGUCGUCCUGUGCAAUUUAACUUUUUGUGGCAGAAUGUCUUAGUUGUUGUUUUUCACCAAUCUUUUCUCUAUCUUCUCUCUGUAGGUACAUGGACACCUUUCAACCCAGUGACUGUCCGAUCAAUCAUAUGUGAGUAUUUGUCCCUCUUUGACCCUUGACACACAAACAAACUUGCACAAUGACAAGCCUAUAUGGUCCUGACCUGGUGUACUACCAUUGUUUAUACGUUAUCCCCAUAGCAACCCUUUUCAUUAGUUUGUGCACAGUGACACAUUUCAACCCGGCUCCCCAGUUAAGUGGAAGCAUGCAGCUAUCGGUAAAAGGGGGAAUAAGGAGCUUUUCUUUCUAACAAACAGGAGGUGUUUUUUUGGUCUCGAAAGGCAUCUGUCUAUAGCCAUCCACUGACCGUAUUGAUUGGUUUACACACUUACCCUUUCACCAGCUGGAAUCUGCUUUAGUCCAAGUGUAGCUGAAAUGUGAAUAGAAAAAUAUACUACGUUUUAUAUUUAGUGGUGUUAUUUUGAAUCUCAAUAAUCCACCAUUGCUUCCCACUCUGACUGUACUGUACACAGUAAAUCAGUUGUAUUCAAAUGGCCAUCCAGCCGACCAGCCCUAAGCCUUCCAUGUGAUGAAGCCCUUUGUUAGGAUGUAAUUGGAUUAAACCGUAGGGGAAAGUUCAAACGGGCAAGAUUUCUUUAACUCUGUGUCAUAACAGAUGUUAUGGUAGUCCUUAGUCCAGUGUGUUAAUGUUAUGCCUUCUAGCACUGAACUAGACUUCCCAGCUGUCCCUUCUUCGUAGGUGGUGUUUCUCAGGGGUCUAUUCAGUGUGGUAAGAUUUCAGAACGUUGUGGAGAGAAAGAUUAUGAAUAAAGUUGACAUGGUGCCCGAUUCUAUAAGACAGAAAAAACAUACAUAUUCUACAAAAUGCAUUUCUAUCUGAACAUUGUUUUGUAACAUUGCACCCUUCUGAACAGACCUCUUGCUCUCACUUAUAUCUUCUUUUGAUUUCCCUAUCUCACAGCCAUGUUCGACAGGGAGAACAAAGGAGGGGUGAACUUCAACGAGUUCGCCGGAGUGUGGAAGUACAUCACGGACUGGCAGAACAUCUUCCGCACCUACGAUAGAGACAACUCGGGCUUCAUCGACAAGAACGAGCUUAAGCAGGCACUGACUGGAUUCGGUGAGCAUGCCUUCUCUAUUUCACCAUACUGGUGGCGGGCCAACCGCUAUACCUGCUACGUUCAUUUAUUUGGUUCACAAGGUCAGCACCGAUAUUCUAAUGUCCUUCUGUAAGAUCGAGUAAGGUCAACAUGCAUGAGCCUGGAUAAAGAUAUGUGCCAAAAUAGUUGUGUAGAUAGAUAUGCAUGACGAUAUGAGUUGUUAGCCUAGCAUACAUUGAGGUCAAGCAUGUUGUUAUUUUCUAUCCUCAUUGAAAUGUAGUAGUUCUUAGUCCUGUAUGUGAAGUGAACAGGAGAAAGCCCUAUGCAUAUUACAAAUGGGGUAAGGGUUGUUGAACAGAGAUGUGUUUCUGUGAUGUUGACUGUUCUCUGUCCUCCUCCUCAGGGUAUCGCCUCAGACCAGUUCUACAAUACUCUCAUAGAGAAGUUUGACAGGCAGAGGAAGGGACAAGUGGCCUUCGAUGACUUCAUCCAGUGUUGUAUUGUUCUACAGGUAACCGUCUUACUGGGCUUCCUGUGCACAUACCACUGGUUAUGUAGCCUACAUUGUUUUGUCAAGAUAUUGUGUGUACAGUAUAUACAGCCCAUAUUGAAAUUGGACUUUGUGUUUGCUCAACAUGGCAUUUUUUCAUUUAUGCACAUGGUAUUUUAGACUGCAAAUUAGAAAUGUCUCGUCUUGGUUUUUCCUGGCCACGCUGUUGUCUGUAUAUUGAUUAAGAUAUUUUGCUCUGGUUUCUCAGACACAGAUUAAGCCUAGUCCUGGACUAAACUCUUUCAAUGUAGAAUCUCAAUUGAGAAUUAUUUUUAGUCCUGGACUAGGCUUAAUCUGUGUCUGGGAAAGCGGCCAUUGAUGUUUAUUUACCAACAUGGCAUCUGUACUGGCUAGUAUGUUUAAGUCAAGAUCUACUGAUGUCUAGAUCUACUGUAAUAUACUGUAUUAUCUUAGAUUUUUUAAAUGUUCUUUGUCAUUUCUCACUUUCAGAGGUUGACCGACGUGUUCAGGAGGUACGACACAGACCAAGACGGCUGGAUCCAGGUGUCCUAUGAACAGUAUCUAUCCAUGGUUUUCAAUGUUGUAUAGUAGAGCCAAGAGCACAACUGGACACAACUGUGCCAAAGCCAAAUCCUUCCCACCUCCACAACGUGUCUUCCUGGAUCAAGAUGACUGGGACUCUGGGAUAGGAUAUAAAGACGUUAUGUUCUGUCUGUCUGUCAUUGUUCAUAAUGUUUGUUUAAUGUCUGAAUCUUAUCUUAAUAAUGGUAAAGACCUGAAUAUCUGUGUUUAAGGUAAACCUGCAUUGUACAUAUCAUUUAGGACAAAUAACCGCAUGCUUCUGGGGGACUUCUGCCAAUGUUCAAAGCAUACACUCUUAAUCUCAGAUCUAUUUUGCUGAAGCCAUGUUUACAAAUACUGUGAAAGCAGGUUAUGGUCGGGCACAAAGCCUGCUUUUAGAUUCACUGACAUGCCAGCUAACGCCAUAUUUGUAUAGACAUAUUUUUAACCAGCAAAUCUAUAAAAAAAAGUUAGCCUAUUAUUAUUUUAGGUAGAAGAGUACGCUUUUGUAUCGUUUAUUUUUUGUGUGCAUGAUGCCUUAAACUGUAUAAAUGCAAGAGGAACCUCUUUUAUUAAAAAAGAAACCUG